CACCACCACCGGCAGGACAGGUCGAGGCUCUUCCCCCGCCUCCCUUUUUGGGAAUCAGCGUCCCCGGCCCUCGGUGGGGGGGGUCGCCAAGAUGAACUCGGCCCCGCCGCCCCCGGGUCAGCAGGUGAUCCACGUGAUGACCCAGGACCUGGACACCGACCUGGAGGCCCUCUUCAACUCCGUGAUGAACCCCCAGCCCAGCUCCUGGAGGCAGAAAAUCCUGCCCGAGUCCUUCUUCAAGGAGCCGGACUCGGGGGCCCACUCCCGCCAGUCCAGCACGGACUCGUCGGGCGGGCCGGCCCCGGGAGGGGGAGCGGGAGGGGGAGCCCCCCAGGGUGGAGGAGCCCCCCAACACGUGCGCUCCCACUCCUCGCCCGCCUCCCUGCAGCUAGGCCCCGGGGCCCGGGCCACGGCCAGCCCCCUGCAGCAGCACGCCCACCUCCGCCAGCAGUCCUACGACCUCACCGACCGGCUGCCCCUGCCCCCCGGCUGGGAGAUGACCUUCACCGCCACAGGACAACGCUACUUCCUCAACCACAUAGAGAAGAUUACGACAUGGCAAGACCCUCGGAAGACGAUGAAUCAGCCCCUGAAUCAUCUGAGCCUCCACCCUGCGGCGACUUCAACGCCGAUGCCUCAGAGAUCAAUGACCAUUUCCCAGCCCAAUCUCGUGAUGAAUCAGCAGCAAUCGCAGCAACAGCAGAUGGCUUCGGGCCCCCCCAUGUCGCAGCAGCCGCACUCUAGCCCGAACCCCCAGGCCGGACUACUGAACCUUCCCAACGCUCUGACCACCCAGCAGCAGCAGCAGCAGAAGCUGAGGCUUCAGAGGAUCCAGAUGGAGCGGGAGAGAAUCCGAAUGCGCCAGGAGGAACUCAUGAGACAGGAAGCCGCACUGUGUAGACAACUUCCCAUGGAGUCCGAGACCAUGGCCCCGGUUCAAGCUGCUGUGAACACCCCCGCCAUGACCCAAGACAUGAGAUCGAUUACAAAUAGCGGCUCGGAUCCUUUUCUCAAUGGUGGGCCGUACCAUUCCAGAGAGCAGAGCACAGACAGUGGACUAGGGUUAGGAUGCUACAGCAUACCGACAACUCCUGAAGAUUUCCUCAGCAACGUAGAUGAGAUGGACACAGGAGAAAACGUGGGGCAGACCCCUAUGAACCUUAAUCCCCAGCAGAGCCGCUUCCCCGACUUCCUCGACUGCCUGCCGGGAACGAACGUCGACCUCGGGACUUUGGAGUCGGAUGACCUGAUCCCGAUCUUCAACGACGUGGAGUCUGUCCUGAACAAAAGCGAGCCCUUCCUGACCUGGCUGUAACCUGCACCUUCGGCCGCCCCCCGUUCAGCCCGGAAACCCAACAGGAGAGGCAGAUCAUCCCAAAGUCCUCCGAUAGCCAAUGAGCUGCCUUGCUGACUUUUGCUCUGCCACCUCCAUAGGGUCAAUUUAAUCGUUGCCUGGAUUUGAUUGACAGUAACUUAAGUAUAAAAUAUAGAAGUAUAUAAAUUUAUAUUUUCCUUUUAUUUGUAACUACAUCUGCAGGUCUACAUCCCACAUUUCUGGGAUGGAUCAUAAAAUACUACAACUCUCCCAUCCCCAUCUCUCCUCUCUCCCUCCUUCCUUCCCUCCCCUGUCUCUCUCUCUCUCUCUCUCUCUCUCUCUCUCAUCCAUGAUUAAAGUCAUGGAUCUUAGUUGAAAUUACAAACUCCAAUGCCCCAGAAAAGCAGGCCAUAUACAAGCUAGUAGCUUGGUCCAGGACACCUGCACCGAGUUAGACCAAAACGCAGCUCAGUAACUGUAUUUAUGACAAUAGUACCAAAUGCUUUUUUUUUUUUUUUAAAUCUAUUUAACUUGAGCUUUAAAAAUCAUUGUAUUGUUAGUGAAAUUGUGCUGUAUGGAAUACAGAGUAGUUUUGAAUCCAUGCUAGCUAUUAUAAUUAUUAUUCUAUUUGCUGAUGCACAAGCCGUACUAUUGUAGUAAUCUUUCAGUAUAUUACUGUAUAGCUUCCAGAUAAUGAGUACUUCCAAUUUGAAAGUAGCAGGAUGUUUAGUAACAGUUUUACACAACAAAUACUGUAAAAAUAGACCAGAUUGGUACUACUUAAAACACACACACACACACACACACACACACACACACAAUGUGAUAAAAAACAUAAAAUGUUUUUUUAAAUGCAACGUAGAUUUUGAUGUCUAUUUUAUUAAGCACUCUAAUUUUUUAAAACUAAGUACAUGAACCAGAAUGUUUUUUUGAUAAAUCACGGGCAACUGAACCUUUUGACUUUUUUGAAACUCUCCCCGAAAUCAGGACAGAAUAGUGUAGCACAGCUCACGGCUUGACAGUCCGAUACGCAGUUGCUUCCUUUCGUUUUCGUUUCGUUGUUUUUAAAAACCUCGUAGGUCUCGUUUUCAGCAAUGGGGAGUUUAAACCGACAGGCUCAUCGAGACUGUAGGCGUGAAGCCGAUGACUGGGCGGCCCUGAGGCAGAGCCCCGCUUGGCCUGGUGACGGCCGGUUUGCUCAGUAGCAUCAACCCCCGUUUGCUGAGGGAACCGGCAAACCCGGGCCGGUGCAAAUGGUGUGACGCAUAUGUACUCGAUACCUCUCCUAUAACCAAGAAAAACUUCUUUAUCAGUUGUUUAGGACUGAGAAAGCAUCAAGGUCCUCUUGCAGUCAGUCAGUCCUGUGAAAUGCCAAUGAAGUCCUGAAACGUUUAGAGUUUUCAACUGACAUCAUUUACGGCUUCGAGCGUAGGCUUCGAUAAUGGAACUCACGCAUCGCUUUGCUGAGGGGCCUUGUUAAUUAAUCCAAGUCUCUGAGUAGGAACCUAUUGAUUCCCAGCAGCGAGAGACUGACCACGUACUCCAAAGUCGACUUGGUGGUGGGAAGGUCGGGGCUCUUUCUGAUGGCUCAGGCUCUAGAGGCAGCGCCCGUCAUCUCUUAUCGCGUUGGAAAGGAGGCAAGUACGAGGGGUCAGAGUUCAGGUGUGAGGGCGGAGAUUGGAAAGGGGGAUGUUGGGAGGUGGCAGUUGCUAGGCAAGUUGGGGUGCCCUGGAGAUGAGGACCUAGGCCGGUGCCCGGGGAGCAAGGAGAAGGACUCACCAAAGUUUCACGGAUCGGUUCUCGACCACAACCUCUAAACCCAAAGGCUAUCUCUUGUGUCAGAAAAAUGACUUUGGUGCACUUUAUACUGGGGCUGGCUUCUGCCCCUUCUAUGCCAAUUUUAGGCACAGAGGGGAAAAUGAUGAACCGACCAUUGUUCUGAUACGAUGAAGUGAUUUUUCUCGAGAAAAAUGGUUUCUUUUCUCUCACGCGCUCUCCCUCAGGGAGCGGGGGAGUCUGGAAGGGAUGCGUGGAAGUACCUGGGUCACCGGAAAACUAGUGGAUGUGUUUUUUCUUUCUUUGAAUUUUGUGAGAAAUAAUUACAAAAAGAGGGGAACAGUCUUUCUGAACAAACAAGGGACCUAGCCAGUCUGAGCAGUGUUACUGUAUUUUUAUGGAUUUAUUGUUGUUGUGUGGUUUUUUUUUUAAGAAUUUCUUUUCAGGUUAUCAACCUAAAUGCGAUACAGCUAGACCUUGCUGGUUCUGCUCCCCAGGCCCGCGAUGGUUAGAGUACUGGGGAUGACAGAAUCCGGUUUCAGAUGUGAGGCACGUAGAACGUUGUAGGUGGCAUUACGAAGUAUUAGGUGAAACUUUUAGUGAAUUUAGAUGGAGCAUUUCUAAGUAAGAAAGCUAGAUUUUUUUUUCCUAGAAUACAAUGUGGAUCUAAACUGCAUGUUUACCACUUAAAGUGAAGCCGGGAAUAGUUUUGUUUUAAAGGUAGAGAAGGUAUUUGUCAGCGAACGCUAAAGCUAGAGACUCUAAAGAGAUGACAGCAUGUUUCAGGUUGUCACUGUUGCCAAAACCCAGCCACUUGGAAUGGCUAUUAUAGAUUGUGGGCCAGGAGGUUAGAGGUCAUUUUAGGGCCAUAAGUCCAUGAGGGUGAGGAUGAGAACAGGUGUCCACACCGCUGUCUUUGAUGUAUGGUAUGGCAGAUGCUUCUUCCAGCAAAACGGGAGAUGGAACUCAUUCCCGAAACCCUCCUUUCCAGGAGUUGCCAACUUGAAAGAUCUUGGGUGUGGAGUAGCGUUUGUGCAAAACCUGCAUAUUGAUAAUUCCGUUGGUGUUAAGUCACAGUGGGGCAGUGUUUCCUUGGGAAAUUGAAGGAUGUGGCAUACACCUCGUCAUUGGACAGAUUGUAUGGAGGGUGACAGGGAACGAGAGCUGUUGGAAGUUCAGCUAGUACUCGGGUAACACCGUGAGAAUGACACUUUUGGGGGUCAAAAAAAUGCUCUUUGUUUCUAAGUGUACAUUCAUUUUAAAUGGGAAAAUGGGUGAUCACCAGACUUUUUCCUAACACAUUACAACCAUAUAUGUGCUAGUACUUUAACUUUUUUUAUUUACUUCUCCAUUUUGUUAUGUUACAUGACAUAUGUGUGAGUGUUUUUAUUUUAGAAUUUGAUGCAUAUGGACCUUUGUAUUAAAAUCAAUCAGAUCAAACUAGCAUACCUAGAGUUUGUACUGGUUUUUAUUUCUCUGAUCUUGUACAAGAAAAAUAAAUAUAAUUGAAUUUCA